AUGGCACAAUUAUCGUCCGAAGGUAAUAAUGCUAUUAUUUAUUUAACUUAUGCCUUUCUUUUAGCUACGGGUAUAUUCAUUGCGUGGAAGUAUACUAAGGCAGAUUCAUUCUUAUCUUCCAAUGGAACCCAGCGAGGACUUCCGUUAGCAUUGAAUUUUAUUGCUUCAGGUAUGUAAUUUUACAAGUAACUGUUUGUGAUAGUAACAUAACGGUCUUUUGAUCAAGUAAUAAUUAAACAAGGAGAACAAUUAUUAAAAGGCAAUCUUUUUAUCAGGAUUCCAUUUGUAAAAUACAACAAUAAGACUAGCGGGUGUCUUUCCAUGUCAUUACCCAGAAGGUUAAUGAAAUGAAAAGACUGAGAAUACACCGUUCGAACUCGAUCAAGUUAGUACUUGCGUGAGGAAGUUUUGUUGUUAUCACAUAGUCUAAUUAUUAUUAGAUGA